AUGAUUGUCUCAGGCUCAGUACGGAUUCCACAACACCUAUCUAUAUCUGAUCCAUCUGUUUCAUGUGCUUACAUUGAUCCAGGAGAAUACAAGAAUUCAGGAGGUCCCAGUCGUCGCACUGCACAGAAUCGCUCUUUGGUCGGAUCGAAAACAAGGGCACUCAAAGGUGAUACUGCAUCUGCUCCACGUGUGAUAGAUGCAAGAUCCCUGGCGGCUCCGCGUUCUGGAAAUAAUGCAAAUAUUCUUCGGGCGCCUAAGUUACAAAGACUUAGAACCUCUCAACUUGUACGGGCUCGCAGAACCAGGCCUUCUGGUCCGGCGGUAAAUGCUAGGACUCGAUCACCUAGCCAGCGGGAGCGACCUAAACGCACACGGAGACAGUCAGAGGAAGAAGAAGGGGACGAAUCUCGGACAGCGGAAAUAGAGGAAGUCUUCCGUGAGCAGGCAGAGAAGGAGAAGCCGUCACCCGUCCGUUAUAAUCCUGCCGAGUACGAUAUUUCCAGGCUCAGAGCAACCUGGCCCUCUUUACCAAUUGGGGAAACAGGACGUGCUGGAAGUGUGUUGGAGAAACUGUCUUGGAUGAGCAGUCGUUACCCUAAUGGGUACGAACCGCCUCACGAACUCGCUAAGAGGCUGUUCAAUGGAGAACGGGUUUUCUUCUCCAACGAACAAGAAAAGGAGCAAGUUAUCCAGGAAGCUAAAAAACUGGCUCAAGAGCGGGCAGACAAAUUAACACAACGGAAAGGGGAUCUUGUUGAGCCUGAAGACACAAGCUUUGUACCGAUCAGUCAAGAUGACCGCGAAAUGUUGGUUCGGGAGCUUGUCCAAGGGAAGUAUACCUCCUUGGAGGCACAGGACGCAGGGAAACCAUCCAUUCUUGGGGAAGUACGAAGGAAUCUUGAGAACAACGAGACAUAUCGGUCUGCUGGAAAGCAAUCACAAUUUCUAGACAAACUGGAAUCACUCCUCGCCUCAGGUCAACGUGCCAAACGAACAUGA